GAGAGUGGUACGUAACCCUUUCUUUUAUAAGCUUUCUCCCAGAGCACUUCGCGACUUGUGUUCGUGUAAAAGGGCGGUCUUGUGGAGACUUCCAGAACCCAAGAAUUCAAUAUCUCUUCUCUUCUAUCGCCUCUUGCUGUUCGGAUCGCUCUGAAGGUUCUUCUAUUUUUCUGACAGACCGAUUGUUUUUGACACAUCGGUUCAAUCUCUUACAAGAUGAGCGUUGUUGGUUUUGAUUUUGGUAACGAGAGCUGCAUUGUAGCAGUUGCUAGGCAGCGAGGUAUUGAUGUUGUUCUCAAUGAUGAAUCCAAGCGAGAAACUCCAGCUAUUGUCAGCUUUGGUGACAAGCAGCGCUUUAUUGGGACAGCUGGUGCAGCGUCAAUUAUGAUGAAUAUAAAAAAUUCGAUCUCUCAGAUUAAGAGAUUGAUUGGGCGGAAAUUCUCUGAUCCUGGAUUGCAGAAGGAUCUUCAGUUAUUCCCUUUUUCUGUAACCGAGGGGCCUGAUGGCUUUCCUUUAAUUCAUGUGCGCUACCUGGGUGAAUUGAAAACAUUUACACCAACCCAGGUGUUGGGUAUGCUAUUUUCAAAUCUGAAAGGCAUCGCUGAGACUAAUCUCAACGCAGCGGUGGUUGAUUGCUGCAUUGGAAUCCCAGUUUAUUUCACUGAUCUUCAGAGAAGGGCUGUAUUGGAUGCAGCCACAAUUGCUGGAUUGCAUCCCCUUCGCUUGAUACAUGAAACUACUGCGACAGCCUUGGCUUAUGGUAUUUAUAAAACCGAUUUGCCUGAAAAUGAUCAGUUGAACGUGGCAUUUGUUGACAUUGGACAUGCAAGCAUGCAAGUGUGCAUUGCAGGCUUUAAGAAGGGGCAGUUGAAAGUGUUGGCCCAUUCAUCUGAUCAGUCUCUUGGUGGCAGAGAUUUUGAUGAGGUAUUAUUUCGUCACUUUGCAGAAAAGUUCAAGGAGGAGUACAAAAUAGAUGUUUACCAGAAUGCUAGGGCCUGUCUUAGGCUCCGAGUUGCAUGCGAGAAGCUUAAGAAAGUCCUUAGUGCAAACCCUGUGGCACCUUUGAACAUAGAAUGUUUGAUGGAUGAGAAGGAUGUGAAGGGAAUCAUUAAGCGUGAGGAAUUUGAACAAAUAAGCAUUCCUAUAUUGGAACGUGUGAAAGGACCUUUGGAGCAUGCUCUUGCAGAAGCUGGUCUUACAGUUGAUAAUAUCCACAUAGUUGAAGUUGUUGGUUCCGGUUCUCGUGUCCCUGCUAUAAUCAAAAUAUUGACCGACUUCUUCAAAAAGGAGCCUAGGCGUACUAUGAAUGCAAGCGAGUGUGUUGCUAGAGGUAGUGCCCUCCAGUGUGCAAUCCUCAGUCCCACAUUCAAAGUGCGAGAAUUUCAGGUAAACGAGCACUUUCCAUUUUCCAUAGCUCUCUCUUGGAAAGGUGCUGCUUCAGAUUCUCAAAAUGGAGCAGUGGACAAUCAGCAGAGCACUGUUGUUUUUCCCAAGGGGAAUCCUAUUCCUAGUGUUAAGGCUCUUACGUUUUAUAGGUCUGGCACAUUUAGUGUUGAUGUACAAUAUACUGAUUCUGAUCAGCAAGCAAAGAUCAGUACAUAUACGAUCGGUCCGUUUCAAUCUUCUAAAGGUGGAAGGGCAAAGGUGAAGGUGAAGGUUCGACUUAAUUUGCACGGGAUUGUUUCUGUCGAAUCAGCGACACUGUUAGAAGAGGAGGAUGUAGAGAUUCCAGUCACCAGGGAACAGUCAGCUAAAAUGGAGACUGAUGAAGCUCUUGCUGAUGCUGCUGUCCCUCCCAGUUCUAAUGAGAACGAUGUUAACAUGCAAGAUGCCAAGGGAACCACCGAUGCUGGAGCUGAAAAUGGCAGUGCAGAGUCGGGAGAUCAGUCUGUACAGAUGGAUACGGAUUCCAAGGUUGAAGCACCGAAGAAGAAGGUAAAGAAAACCAACAUACCGGUGGUAGAAUUGGUUUAUGGUGGAUUGGCAGCAGCUGAUGUGCAAAAGGCGGUGGAAAAAGAGUUUGAAAUGGCUUUACAGGAUCGGGUGAUGGAGGAAACCAAAGAGAAGAAAAAUGCUGUCGAGGCAUAUGUGUAUGAAAUGAGAAACAAGUUGCACGAUAAAUACCAGGAUUUCGUCACUGAUUCACAGAGAGAGGAGCUUUCUGCCAAACUUCAGGAGGUUGAAGAUUGGCUGUAUGAGGAUGGGGAGGAUGAAACAAAGGGAGUCUACAUUGCGAAACUCGAGGAGUUGAAGAAACAAGGUGACCCAAUAGAGGAGCGUUACAAAGAGCACACGGAGAGAGGAACUGUGAUCGAUCAGCUUGCUUACUGCAUCAACAGCUACAGAGAAGCGGCAAUGUCGGCUGAUCCUAAAUUCGAUCACAUUGACAUCUCUGAGAAACAGAAGGUCUUGAAUGAGUGUGUGGAAGCAGAGGCCUGGUUAAGAGAGAAAAAGCAGCACCAAGACUCACUACCCAAACAUGCUACACCAGUCCUCUUUUCUGCUGAUGUGAGAAAGAAAGCUGAGACACUUGACAGGAUUUGUAGACCAAUAAUGACGAAACCCAAGCCAGCCGCUCCCGAGACACCUCCCCCAGCUCCCCAGGGAAGUGAGCAGCAACAGGGAGAUGCCAGUGGUGCUUCUAAUGCUAGCGCAAGCCCGAAUGGGAAAGCAGGUGAUGAUAAUGAGGUGUCCUCGGCCUCUACAGAGCCAAUGGAGACAGAGAAACCUGAACAUACAAGUGCUGCUUAAUCCUGCUUGAGUGCCUUGCUUUAUUAUUUAUGACGAACUGUUGUCAAGCCGAGAAUAUUGAAACACGAAAUCUUGAUGAGCUCUGAUGAACUAUGGAAGGCUGGCGUUGUAUUGACUUGUGAAAUCACUUGUGAAGCAUUUUGUAUUUGGUUGUUUUUCACUAGGUUUUUCUUUCAUUGUUGGAGCGAGUCUUUACCGAUCCCUUUUUUUCUAAAGGAAAAUUUUCAGAGAAAUGUUUGUGCUAUUAAUGGCCUCCCGUUUUGGAGUCUCAUACUUAUAUUUUCUGCUCUACUUUCUCCAUACCAUUUUGAACUCCAAAGAUUAUGAAAUGGAUAAUUUUUGUUCA